AUGCUGCCAGCAGGUGGGUGGGGCAGAGCACAGCCUCCUCUCGCCGGAGAGCCUUACCUGGGGCAAGGAGGGUCGCGCAGUCGGUGUGGGCGACUGCAAGGCGGAGAAGCGUCGGCGGCCGACACGGAGGAGGCGCUGCGCUGGCGACGGUCGCUGGCCCAGGACAAGGCGCCGCUCGCCGUCCUCCUGCUGCUGUUCUCGGUGGCCACCGUCUUCGGCAACAUGCUGGUCAUCCUGGCGGUGGCGCGCGAGCGCUACCUGCACACCGCCACCAACUACUUCGUCACGUCCCUCGCCGUCGCCGACUGCCUGGUGGGGUUGGUGGUGAUGCCGUUCAGCGCCGUCUACGAGGUCAUGGAGCACACGUGGUUCUUCGGCGCGGACUGGUGCGACGUGUGGCGCUCGCUCGACGUGCUUUUCAGCACGGCGUCCAUCCUCAACCUGUGCGUCAUCUCGCUGGACCGCUACUGGGCCAUCACGGACCCGUUCACCUACCCCAUGCGCAUGUCGGGGCGGCGGUCGGCCGCGCUCAUCGCCGCCGUGUGGGUGUGCUCGGGCGCCAUCUCGUUCCCAGCCAUCGCGUGGUGGCGCGCCGUGCGCGAUCAGGCCGUGCCCGCGUACAAGUGCCCGUUCACGGAGAACCUCGGCUACCUCAUCUUCUCCUCCACCAUCUCUUUCUACCUCCCUCUGUUCGUGAUGGUGUUCACGUACUACCGCAUCUACCGCGCCGCCGUCAUCCAGACGCGCUCCCUCAAGCUGGGCUCGAAGCAGGUGAUGGUGGCGUCGGGGGAGCUUGGGCUGACGCUGCGCAUCCACCGCGGCGGCGGCUCCCACGAGCUGCCCGAGCCCGCCGACCUGGACGAGUUGACGGGCGCGGCCGACAACGGGCUCGGCAGGCACCCUUCGCAGCGCAUGGGCAAGGGGCUCAACAGCAAGAACUUCUCCCUCAGCCGCAAACUGGCCAAGUUCGCCAAGGAGAAGAAGGCGGCUAAGACCUUGGGCAUAGUGAUGGGGGUGUUCAUCGUGUGCUGGUUGCCGUUCUUCGUGGUCAACCUGCUGUCCGGAUUCUGCUUGCAGUGUAUUUGGAGAGAAGAAUUGGUGUCGGCUGUCGUCACGUGGCUGGGGUGGAUCAACUCCAGCAUGAAUCCUGUCAUUUACGCCUGCUGGAGUCGCGAUUUCAGGAGCAUCUCGUGUAACGUGGAGGAAAAAGUGACCCUCCGUGAAAGGACCCUGCGGUUGAAUCUCGCGUGGGGGAUAUCCUCUGCCAAAGUUGUGAAGUGGAGCGGCGUGGCGGCGCUCUGCUCCGGAGCGGCGCGUCCAGCGAGCUCAGCUCAGAUGCGAGAGCAGCGGCUCGAGCGGCGGCGACAAAGCCACUCUCGGAGACGCGGAACUUGGCGGCGCGGCGCGGCGCAGCUCGAUACUCGGAAGUUUCCCGCGUCUUCGCGAAUCUCAGCCCCUUGCACUCGCUCGCAUUCUCUACCUGCGGGUGCGUCGGCCAAGGACACUGGACAGCAAGAACUUGAACGUACACGCAGGGCUUACUGCCAGGCAUUCGUAUUUACUGUAAUAAUACACCAGCAGGUAGUCUAUAAUCGAAAACGUCUCGAGUUAAAUUUUGGAGAGCUUUUGGCAAUUAGAGAAAAGAUUAAUGAGAAACAAUAUGAAUUGUCAAAAAUCUCCGUCGGUCGUUAG